AUGCCAAAAUUCUUCUGCGAUUACUGCGAUGUCUACCUCACUCACGACUCGAUGAGUGUGCGCAAAGCCCACAACACUGGACGUAACCAUCUGCGCAAUGUCGUCGAUUAUUAUCAACAAAUCGGUCACGAAAAAGCGCAAUCCGUAAUCGACUCCAUAACAUCCUCCUACGCCGCCGAAGGUCAAUCUUCCUCUAACCCUAUGCUCCACAACCCCGCAGCCGCAUCACCUUUCGCAGGCUUCCCACCAGCCCCCUUCACCGGAGGCGGCCCCCCAUCAUUUCCUCCAUCUGCUGGUCCAGGCGGUAUGCCUUUCCCUCCACCUGGCGCAAGAGGUUUCCCUAUGCCUCCAUUACCUGGACAACCUGGUGCGCCACCCAUGCCACCAUUCCCGGGUAUGCCCGGUGGAAUGCCCGGUGGAAUGCCUGGUGGGAUGCCGUUCCCUCCUCCAGGUGGCUUGCCGCCCAAUUUUCAAUUCCCAAUUCCUCCACCAGGAGGAUUUCCAGGCAUGCCGCCGCCGGGGAUCCAAGGAUUUCCGGGUAUGCCUCCGCCGGGGGGUAAUCAUGAUGACAGGAGAUAG